AUGUUGGAGGAAAAGUCCAAACCUCGGGCGCAGAAAACACGGACGCCAAGAGUCAUCAUCAACAACGAGCGUCGCCACGGAUACGGCAAACCAGGAAGUGCCAGAGACCAGAACCAAUCAGGAAGGACCAGAAUCCCUCACUUCAUGAUGGACCCAGAGAAGUAUCUGUCUCACCUCGACCACAUCGUCUCCGUCAACCAGAUCAAGGACGAGGAGCUGCAGGCUCUGCUGCCACAGCUGCCCUGA